CAUUCGCGACGUUCACAUUAUCGGUUAGAGAAAAUGGUUUUACUGAGGCCGCUAGGGAUGAUUUGUAUAAUACGAUAGCAAUAUGGAUGAUUGUUGGAGAAAGGCAAGCCAAGUGCGUUCGUCAAAAGUAUUAUGAGGCAAUCUUGCGUCAAGAUAUGUCCUUCUUUGAUUCUGUUUCUACCGGUGACGUUACAACUCGUAUUUCUUCCGACAUCAACCUUUUCCAGGAGGGUAUCUCCGAAAAAGUUGGUUUAAUAAUACAAUAUGUUGCUACUUUUAUCACUGGAUUUGUUAUUGGAUUUACUAAAGGGUGGAAACUUACUCUUGUUUUAUGUUCUGUGUUUCCGCUUUUGGCAAUCACUGGUGGUCUUAUGGGUAAAUUACUUGCGGCCUCAACCCUACAAGGACAAG